CCCAGGAUUCUCAAAAUUUUCUGGGAUACGAUUUGUAUUUCAGAAAAUCUCAUUCGACUUUUAUGAUUCUCAUUAUAUUUCUGAAAACUGCACAGAGCACAAGGUGUAGUCACUAUGUCACAAAGUCAAAAAUUCUGAAUUAAGCUAUGAAGAAAAAAACAUUUUCGUUGAGAGGUUUAGAUACGCUAAAAUCCCCCACAUAUUAGAAGAUCCCGUUCUCCUUUGAAGAACAAUUUUUUAAAAAUAAUUUCUGUGUUUAUUGACAUUUUUUGGUAUUUAAGUUCAUACUCUUAUGUAAGUUCAGUUUGAGUAAUAUUUUUCUUGCGUUUUGAUAACGAUGCUUCAGUUCCGAGUUAGAAAAAUCUAGAAACACAACUAAAAGAAAUCAAUUGUCUAUUUAAAAAAAUGCGCUUGUUAUUGAUAACAAAUCCUGAGAUCAUUGUGGUGAUCCUUUCCGAUUUACUCUGGCAACAUUCAUCAAGUUCUCUAGGCGAAAAAACAUUUCCAUGGUCAUAUGGUCUAAUAGACUCAAUGCACAUUCGCGCGUGUAACACAUGAUGAGAUCUUUGUAAACGAGAAAUAAAUUAGGGAAAAUUUCGUUGUAUAUCAAUUAAAUGGUCCUUUCGUUUUUAACUUUCUUCUAAAAGUUCAGAAACGUGUUUAUUGCAAAACAGUCUUUCAUAACUGAAGAAAGAGUGUGGAUGGAUGUGCGCGAUAGAUGAUAAAAUAUAAACUCAUGCCCACACUCUUGAAGUAAUGAAUUUCUUUCAACAAAAACAAAAUUAGAUUUACGUUAAAAUAAUUUAAGCAUCUCCAUGUUCUCAAGUAGAUUAUAAUUCAAUAGUUCCUUUUUGUUUCGUUCUACUCUAAUACACUACAUGUAACUGUACAACAGUAGAGGAUCAUGUUUUGUCAUUUAGUGUCUUAUAGUGGAUCAAAAAACCUAGAAUUUGAGAAUUAAAUGGUUUCUUGUAGUUUCAUAUUGCAUAGUACUGAAAGACAAUGUGACGAUUUUAGAUUGAAGAAAUGUUAACGCUGAUGGAAUUGCGCUUUAUUCUGUUACUUCAUAUCAUGAAUCGCAACGUUUUCAUACAAAGCACAGGUUUAUAUGCGCAACCAGAACAAAGAACAGAGAGCAAUAGUCAAGGAAAGAAUAGAAAGGAAAGGAAAAUUAUGUAAAGAGAGAGAGAGAUUAGGAUAAUGCAUAUGAUGGAAAGAAAUUACAAGGGAAGCUUGAACAUCACGUAUAUAAUAACCUCAAUCGGAAACGUUACAGACACUACUAAUUCUCAGGUUCUAAGUUGUUUCGCCUAAUAAAAUACACUACAUGAAAACACAUGAUUUUAUAGUGUCAGGUUGUGUCAAACAACAUGUCCAUGUGAGACACUCCCUAAAACUAAAAAUUGUAUUUGUAUUUGUGCUACGUCUCACACAGUGAAUUAGGCUGAUGAUAGUCUCACUUGGUGGUAUGCAUCAGAAUGUAUCGGAUAUUAUUUACAAUAGUUUGUGAGUUGCAAGUUGGGUAGACAAAUACGAUUGUUCACUUUUGCAAUAGAAGAUGUUUUUUUCAUUUGUUCAAUUUAUGAUAUUCAAACGAAAACUCAUGACAACAAACUUCCAAAUAAAAAGAAUUGUAACUAUAUAUAGCUCUCUGUGAGAUACUACAAUUACUUUUAUAGGUACUGAACACCAUUUAGCAUGAAAAACUUUUUGUUUCCUCAUAUUUUUUGUUCUUGCAGUAAAAGAAAAGUCAAAAGAGUGUACGCGUUCCAAAAAAAGUCGUACUUUUUUUUUACAAAGGCAAUAUUUGUGUAAGUUGUCAAAAUUUACCAGAGUACAAAGUUUUUAACGCAAAAAAAGACACGAAAAAAUUGACUGGUAUAUACGAGAAAAGUUUCGAGUCGAUCCUUCUUACCAUGUUGGAGAAGCGGGGGCAAGAGUGUGAGUAUGGGUGUAGGAUGAAGUGUAGAUGUGGGUGUGGGAGUGAGUGCGGGUGUGGGAGUGAGUGCGGGUGUGUGAGUGUAGAUGUGCAUGUUGAUCUUCUCUUAAGUCACACUCACACCAACACCCUCUUCUUUCAUUUCAGCACCACCGUUACGUUCAUGUUCAGUUGACAUUGAUUCGAACGCAAAAUGGAUACAAAAUGGUGUCACUGUAGCUGGUGGAAAUGGAUAUGGCACUGGAAUUAAUCAACUUUAUCAUCCGUUGGGUUUGUAUAUCGAUGAUGAUCAGACAGUUUAUGUUGCUGAUCAGUCGAAUCGUCGUAUAAUGGAAUGGAAAUCGGGUGCAACGAGCGGUAAAAUAGUGGCUGGUGGAAAUGGAUAUGGAAAUAGAGCUGAUCAAUUAAAUUUUCCCUAUGAUGUUAUUAUCAACAAAGAGAGAGACAGUCUCAUUAUCUCUGAUUUUGAGAAUAGAAGAGUCGUUCGAUGGCCUCGUCAAAAUGGUGCUAGUGGAGAAACAAUCGUUUCAAACAUCGAUUGCAUCGGUUUGACCAUAGACGAAAAUGGAUUUUUCUAUGUCGUUGAUUAUGAAAAACAUGAAGUGAGGCGAUAUCGAAUUGGUGACACUAAGGGAACAGUGGUUGCAGGCGGCAAUGGACGAGGAAAUCGUCUCAAUCAACUCUCUUACCCUUAUUACGUAUUUGCCGAUCGGGAUCAUUCAGUAUACAUAUCUGAUUCUGGAAAUGCUCGUGUAGUGAAAUGGGAAGAGGGUGCGACAAAAGGGACUGUCGUAGCCGGUGAUCAAGGCGAAGGAAAUAGCCUUGCGCAGUUAUUACAUCCUCAAGGGGUCAUUGUUGAUCAAUUGGGCACUGUCUAUGUUGCUGAUUUGGGUAAUCAUCGAAUUAUGCGCUGGCCUGAAGGAGCCACACAAGGAAGUGUCAUUGCUGGUGGAAACAGUCAAGGAACACAGUUGAAUCAACUCAAUGAACCUAUUGGUUUAUCAUUCGAUCGUCAUGGCAAUCUCUAUGUCGCCGAUUGGGGGAAUAAUCGUGUCCAACGUUUCACAAUUCAAUGA